CGAAGCUAUCUUCAAGUGAAAUCCAGAAGCAUGCAUCUUCUAUAUAUUAAAGAAGUACAGCGCGCGCACUCAAAGGACGUUAUCUGGUGAUACUCAAGACCGAGAUGGGGGCCAUGGACGAGAGGACGAGGAGGAUACGGGAAAGGGAGGAAAAGAAAGAGAAAAAGACUGAGAACAAGACCACAUUGCCAUUUACGGCUCUCCCCCAGCCAGACAGGAUCUAGGAGGCCUUUAACUCGCGUCGUCGUCAAGACUACCUGUCGGUCGUCACCAACACAGGGAACGGCAGCAGAGCCCUUUGUUGCCCAUUCUCACCCUAUCGGCUGGCGGUCUACUGCCAAAAGUGAUUUGCCUUAAUCAAGAGGGAUUGACACGCAACCCUGAUGUUUUCUCUAUUUUCGUGGCCCUUCCGUCUCUCUUAUCCCGAUCCUGCUCGCUGAAGAUAGAUCACGCACGCAGAUGCACGAACGCAUCAAGCCGUGACCUCCUCCCACGAUCGACAGCUCGCCCUCCCUCCCUUCACUGUCGAACCCUCGUACGCUCCCGCCCGCCCGACAUGGACCAAACGCCCAUCCCCCGGGGCGACAUCGCGCCCACGGGCAUCGCCAUGAUGGCGCUGACCUCCAUCGUCGUCUUCGCCCGCGUCGGCCUCAUGCUGCACCAGCAGCGCCGCCUGGCGGCCGAGGACCUCGUCCUGUACCUCUACAUCGUCCCGGCCUUCUUCCGCCUGACCGACCUGGCCGCUGGGCUCACCCCGCCGUACGCUACCGCCGGGGACGACGCCGUCUUUAUCCAAAAGACACUCUUUGCCGCCUCGGCAUGCCGCUGGUUCUGCCUGUGGUCGGCAAAGUUCUCCCUUCUUUGCAUGUACAAGAAAAUCUGCGACGGCCUUCCCAUUUACGUCCAGAUGUGGUGGGCCGUGGUUGUAUUUAGCGCCCUGAUAAGCCCUUGUUGGUUGUAUUAUUACCUCUGCUACGUCUGCUCCUCCUGGGAGGCGUGGUUUAGCGCUGGCCAGUGCCUUACCCCGAGAGACAUCAUUCACGCCAACAUCAGCAUGUGGUAUGCUUUUGCUGUGGGCGUGCUGACGGACCUAAUGAUCAUGUUUCUCCCCAUCCGUCUCGUCAUGAACCUCCAAAUGCCCGGCUCCCGCAAAAUCGGCAUCAUCUCCCUCUUCUGCCUCGGUUGGAUUCUUAUCACCGCCUCCACCAUCCGCGUCACACAGCUCGCCAGCCCGGGCAAGCAGCCUACAGUGCCGUGGCUCGCGCUCUGGGGAACGAUCGAGGCCUCAAUCGCCAUCAUGAUUGUCUCGGGCCCCGGCCUCUACCGCUCGGCAAAGUUCUACUCCCAGACCCAUCGCGCCUAUUACGCCCCGCAGGUCGACGGCGAGUCUGCCGGCCCCAGGUCCCAGAGGUCCCAGAAGCUCAGGGGCGGAAGCGGCGGCGGCGGCGGCGGCACGAUGGACGACACGGUCGACCGCGAGCAGCCCGGGUUGGUGCUAAAGCCCGUAGGUCGCGGCACCGCUUCGGCCAGCGCCACCGCCGAAACCCGGUCCCACCACAGCAGCCAGGAGGACCUGGUGGACGGCCACGGCCUACGGAGUGGUGUCAUGGUCAGAAGGGACGUGUCUGUGCAGCAUGGGAAGGCCCGGUAA